AUGCAGUCACUAGCUCAACAUGCCUUAGAUCAGCAGCCAGAUAACGUGUACGUCCGGGAACAGGAUGCACCGCCGGAUGCGCCUUUACGGGAGGUGCACCAUCGGCCUGCUCGUUCAUCACGACGAAUACGGGGGUGUAUAAUUACGGCGGCAGUUGUUUUGGCGAUUUUGGUUCGCGGAUGGUACUACGUGAAAAGGCCAUCCGUUCCAUCUCCGGAUGUGAGGGAACAGCUCUUUUCCGAAAGCCACAGUGAGGAGGUAGAUGAGAGUAGAAGCGUAGGCGAAACAGAAGAACCGGAAUAUGGUCCAGACCCAUCCCAACCCGAAGACUAUCAACAGCCGAAAAGUGCGGAAGUCGACCGGGAAGCUCUAUCGCAGGAGGAAAGUACCGUAGUUCAAAAGAGCAACGGUUAUGAGGCCCCAGAUAGCUUCCGCAAAUCAAACACCCAGGAGAUGUUUGAGAAGAUAUUCUUCUUCGGAGGGACAAUGGAGUUCCGAAAACCCUCCCCCAAGGCCGGCGAAGAAUUCCUUACUUUCAUGAUCACAACGACUCCUGCCGUUCGUUUUGCUCCUCAGGAUCCAUGGCUGACUGAAGAUGAGUUGAAGACGCACCCAGUACGACAGAUCAGGAAGGACACGGCACCACUUGCUAUGGAACGUGUUGAAAAUGCCAUAGAGGAAUUGGUGGAUUCUCUAGACUCUCAAGCCGCCUAUAAUCCGUUUAAGGAAAUCACCAUUGACGGCUACGGGAAAAUUUUGGUCCAGCGUAUACUAGUAUGCCACUUACAGGAUGUGGACAUUGGUGUUGUUGUAAACCAACCAGAUGGACAUGAUGAAGCGAUACCUAUUAUGAAUUUGGACAUGGACGGACAUGAAUUAGAUUUAUUCCGUCAGACGCUGGAGGAUGCUCUGGCUGAGUUUGUGGAGGGUACUCGUCGGAAUGGAAAAAACUACAAGGUCCUUCGGAUCAGCGAGAGCACAGGAGUGCCAACAACAACGGUUGCUUCUUUGUUUGGUGCGCAUGCUUAA